UGGCGCCGGGGUGCAUCGUACACCUGCAGGAAAUGACAGAAGUGUGUUACUAGGUCGAGUGGAACACGUGAUGCACUCUCUUCGGCGCUCAUUCUUCGACGACAUCAUGUUCUGCAUCCUAGAGUAGUUGAAUAAUAUUGUGCAACGAUUUGCCUUCUCUCGCGACAAGGAAGACCUUUUCCUCCCGCAACUCGGCAAAGUAUGUGAAUCUUUUGAAGAUAAGAUCGUUCUUCUCCCACUCUUUGAUUUUUGCGCCUUCGAUAUUUCCCGGUCGGGAAUUGAUCCACUGGCUGAUGGAGUGCUGUUGAUUCCGCCGAGGGUGUGUGCACGACGUAAGCAUUUGAAAGGCGGCAGGAUCCUAUUUUAAGAGUGCUAGCCGGAACAAGCAUGGAUAAACGACGAUCCUUAGAUGGAGUCAUCCAGGAGCAACCUUUGCCUAUUCCGGUUCAGAUGUUUCUUUGGCGACAUAUAAGGCCAUUUAUUCGAGCUAAGCUAGGGAAACUCCAUGAAGCAUCUUGCACGUUCUGUCAACACGCGCCAGGCCAUCAUGAAAUGAAGGAAGCAUGCACGUGCCUUGAGAGAGUUUUAGUACAAAAUCUUCACAAUGAUCUGACACCCUCGUUGAGCCAGAUACUGAGCAACGUACCACGCUGGCGUUUGAUUCAAGCUGCCCUUCCUUACGUUCUUCAUGCUACGGCCAGUCUUUUGCAUAAUAGAAAGGAUUUUCAGAGCCUCGGCACGAUGGAAACGACCCUCCUUUAUAUUCUCCACUGGAUACUCUUAGAUUCGGCUGAGGAAUGCUCCGAGAACGACGUUGAUCCGUCAAAUCCUUUUUUUUAUUUAUUUCCAAUACCCACCAUGACGCUCUUUGUCUACCUGUUUGCGCCUCUGUUUAAUCAUUUAAAAGACAUUGAUUUUAAGACAAAUUUACGAUUAGAAAACGGCCUAAAAAUAUGGUCCGCCAUGUACGAAUGCCGACAUCCUGAGGCACCUUGCUUCACGGCACAUUGCCGUGCCAAGCCGCGUAUUUAUUGGAACCGGUUUUUUAAAUCCGCCAAACAUCACAUGUUAUCCGAUGACGUCUUUGUUGGAGGAAAUAUCGAAAGUCCACCUAAUCAAUCGUUUUCGGAUCAAAGCGGCCCGCCGUCUUCCAAAGUAAUUGACGAUGAUCAACAGAGUACUUGGUUGUCAUCGCCAAAAGACACAGUUUUCCCAGAAACGAUUCCCGAGGAAAGCUCCGGCGCGGAGGACGAGCAUGUGGUAAUAUUAAGAUUACCAUCUUUGAAUGAAUCGGAGAGAAUGCUUGAUGGGGUAAAAGAAGUUUCCACCAUAUUCGCAGGUGAGGCCAGUAUCUUUCACGUCGCGAUGGGCAGGAGGACCAGCUGCUCGAAAUCUACGCUGACGAUAGAGCAAAUCACGGCAAUUUCUGAAUUAGACACGUGCAAACAAUAUCAUGGAAAAGCAGCGAAAACCGGAGAUGCGGAGAAGGAAAAAGAAGAGAAAAUUUGUAGGAUGGAAAAAGAAGCGCAGAAGGAAAGCUCAAAGACACAUGAAAAUAUCACGGUUCAACGUCAACUUGAUGAUGCAACGACGGAGCACGCUACUGGUUCUGCCAUCGAUUCGGACGUCCGAGCUGCAACCUUCCUAGACGUAGCCACUUUGAGGUGUUUAUUCGUAACUCAGUGGCAAGAAGAGGGUAUCUUCUGGGCUCUUCAGUUCUUAUAUUAUCGAUUACGAAGAAUUAACGAGGAAAUCUCAGUGCAGCAAAUGCCACGUCGCCGAAGCAACUCCCUGCCUAUACCGAAAAUUGAAGUGUCGAUUUAUCAGAGCCCCGAAAGUAAAAAGAAGGAUGUAUUGAAGGACUUUAUAGAGGUGCCCGACACACGCGAUACCUCUCUUCUAACGGGUCACGAGAGCGAAUCGAGCCAUACAAGACGCGCCAGCGAGAAGACGAAAAAGCGCAUGAAGAUGGCUGAUCUCAAGGCUUUCGUGGAAACAAAACUGCUAUCGAAGUCAGAUAAAGCACUUGAAAAGAUUGGCCAGGAGGAGCCCAAGAUGCUGUUCGAGCAGGAAUGUCAUAGAAGUCUUGAUACCGGAGAUGAUCAUCUGACGAGACGAACUUCGACCAUCUCAAAGAUUUUUGAGGCGAAAGACGUCGACUACAUGAAACAUCCUACAAACCUAAUCAAAGGGAAGAGUAUGCCGAGUUUAAGCUGCUUGAUUAACGAGCUGACCGCGGGAGGAUACAUCGGUGAUACUCGCAUCGAGAGAAAACAGAGUCGUUUCUAUAGCCAAUCCUACACCGCGCCAAAUCCUAUCAUUACCGUCACGGAACACACGCCAACUCCAUCUCCAGAUUACAUGAAGCGGCAGGGAUCUAUUGAUAGUCAGCUGGAUCUCAUGAGUGUUCAAGGAGGACGUUUAUGCUCCGAGAGGAAACCCAGUCUCACGAGAUCUCAGACGGAUUCUAACAUCACUUAUAUGAGCGACGAGGUGCCAGAAGCACCAGGCUCCGCAUGUUAUAUUACCAAAGAAGGCGAUAUUGAUUUUCAAGUUGUCUUGAAGGCGAUACACUCCGUUGCAUUGCGAGAUAAUGUCUCUUGUACGUCACGAGUCUGCGAAAUUAUGCUGAAUUUAAUUGAACUUUUGAUGGACAUGGGAGUGAUGAAGCAUUGUCUUCGGGAAGAAGCCACCGGGAGUAACGCAGGAUCUGGUACAGGAAUUGACAACAAAUCGGAAACUGGAAAGAAACAGGAUUCGCCAAUGGGAUUAAAUCAACAGGAAAGCAAGCAUGAUGGGAAAGGCAAGCCGACAGCACACAAUCUCCUUAUGAAUUGCGUAAUUAGAGUAUUGAAGCAUUUAGGCUGUCCGCACGGUUGCUUGGACGGAGUGCGUGGACCUCAGGCCGAUAUCUGUCGCUCUCAGGGCCAGACCAUCCUCACUAAACUGCAUCGCGCGAGUUCCCGUCAAUUCUCGCGAUUUUUAAGAACGAUGAUACGCGAACAACCGCUGGCGGAUAUCUUGGACUUCUUUCAUGCGUAUGUCGGAUAUUGCGUUGAUCCGAGCUCGCUGUUAUCGCCGCUCAAUCAAAAACGAAUAUCGGGUAAAUCACCCGAUGCAACCUGUCAAAGUGGAUACGCGACGAAUUUCGGCGCCGGGAUGAUCGGUUCCGGUGCCAGUGGAACCGGAGUUGGUACCUCGGGCCUCUCAAACGUCGUCGCGAUGGCCGGCGGCGUCGCGACGUCGUACAACGUCGGCGGUUACGGAGCUCGUGGUAUCGAAGGGCAAAUCAUGUCCUAUGUCUUCAAGGUUUUGGUCACGCGCCUUGUCGAUUCCGCGAAGCAACUAAAGACGCAGGAGAACAUCGGCCUCUACUGCGAUGUGCGACAGUUAAUGACGUACAUCAAGGAGGCGCACGGUAGCAUUUUCCGACGCGUUGCUCUCAGCGGUAUUCUGGAUUCCGCGGAUCGACCGAAUAAAAGAUGCAACAGCAACGUGCAGACCACACGUGUCAUAAGACACAUUCAUCAAUCAGAUUUAGAAGAACACGCGGAUAUCGGGGGAGACACGUGUUACACCGUUGACGACAGGGGCACGCGAAAGUUCCUCUUCAAGAAGAGGAGCACAUCGUCCACCUGUCCUGCGGGAUCGAAUUUGCAGAGCCUGCUUGAAACAGAAUUGAGCGAGGAAAGCGUGAAAGUCAGUCAAAGCCCUUUAGGUAAUCUGCGUAAGAAGCACCACGUGUUGACGCCUCGACAGAGCGAACGUAAUUUAGGUAUCGGCGAACCUUAUCUCGGGCCUGGAAAAAUGCGGAAGUCGACUAGAUUUCAGAUCGGUGGUAUCGUCAAUUGGUUCCGGAAGGAGUACAGUCGAACUGAUUCCACCGAUAGCCAUGAAAGUAGCGAAUCACCCACAGACGGCAGCUUUGUUAAGCAACCCAGUUUCCAUUACGGUCCUUAUCGCAACGCGUCACGCACCGGUCGCGGAGUCAGUCUAACUUUUUUAAAGGCGAAACGUCGGAUGGAAGAUCAGCUGAAUAAAAUCGGUUUCGGGAAAAGCAAGAAAAAAGAAAGCAUGGAAGAGGCGCCUGGUAGUUAUUUCAGUCGGAGAAAUUCGAUGGAGCUCGGCGAGGCUUGUAGAGAAUCCGAGUUUGUUGUCUUGAAGGAAAGAAGAUUGGUACCUCGUGCUGCGGUAUUCAAUGGAAUGUUACGAUUUUCCUUUCUAUUAGAAACAUGCCAACCAGGCUCCGUUCCCGAUCCUCAUCUAAUGGCAUCGCUCUUGGAUCUUCCGUAUGCUCCGGUAGUAUCUCGCGCUUGCUUGAUAUUGGAAUGUGCACACUUGGUGCAUCAAUGCAACAAAGGCCACUGGCCUACGUGGAUGAAGCAUAAUUUUCCCAUGUUCCGACCGUCUGUUCCGAUAAAUAAUCGAAACGCUUCUACCGCGCUUAGACGCGUUCAUGUAUUGCAACGCACUGCAGGAAAAUUAUUUUAUCAAUGGGCAGAGGCGAUCGGAGCACGCUUGGAAGAAUUUUUAGCUGAGGAUAAACAUAAUAUGGAACAGGUAAUUAAUAUAGUAUCCGAUGAAAGCAAACAGAGGGAAUUAAUUCUGGAAGACGAAGAGGAAGAUUUUCUCGAUGAAGCUAGCAUAAACAGUUAUGGAUCCCAAUGUCCCUUCGCGUUGCGUCACGUCGCUUGUAUUUUGCUUCUGGAAGUGACAGCAUUCUUAAGAGAGACCUAUCAAAUAUUACCAAAGUCGAGUAAACUGUUAACAAAGGAACGUCACCCACCUUGGGAAAGAAUGUAUAGUCGAGAAGCAAAUCGACGUUGGAGCGUGGCUUUAUCAUCUAUGGGUCAUUCACAAGCAUCUGCGCAAAGUCUUCAAUCUAUCGCCGGUGAAGUUAUUAAUCGUGAAGGUAUCGCGGAGCGUAAAAUUAGUUUUGUUCUGUACGAGCCGGAUAAUGAGUCCGAGGGUAGCAGCAAAUCGACAGUUACGAUCCAAGGGGAAGAGGCCCAGAACAUUGAAAAAGAAAAAGCGAAAAGGAUGCCAGCGCCUCAAAGUAGACCGUUCCUCCUUCGUCGCAGUCCUGCUGGAACUGGUUCGUUUAAAAAAAGGAGCCUUAAACUUCGUCGCAAUACUAAGGAAGGCAAAGACACAGAGUGCGAGGCAUAUACAGUAAAACGAGCAGAUUCUAUUCAAUCUAAGAGAAAAGUGAGCUCGCUUUCCGAUAGAAGCGAUACAUCCGAACCCGGAGCUGCCGGCGAAGUUAGCGGCGAGGAAUCACCGGGUAUUCUCAGCGACGAUCAACCACCAGAGAGUCCGAGCGACAGCAAUGAAACUGACGAGACCAACAAGAAUUUCCCGUGGAUGAAGAUGCGUGCUAGCAGCAGAUUGGUAAAGUCUGUGAGAAAGAUCUACGGCGAGAAAUUUGGCAUUUUGAACGGAACGGGUUUAUUGGACGUCGACACUGAUAAGAAGGAAGACGGCAAGAAAGACAAACGUAGCCGCAAGGUAUCCGAUCAAACUAGUACGCAGGUUUCGCCUGUCAGAAGAAAAGACAGCGUGGGACGCAAGUACAAAAUAGAAAAAAAUCUGGAUGGUUCUCAAUCCGGUCGAUCAACGCAACGGGAUUCCUCGAAAGAUCUCGCAGAACAAGACUCUGAAAAAGGCAAAGAAUCUUCGAAAAACAUCACGUCGAACGAUGAUGCUGAAGAGGAUAAAGAACCGCCUCCAAUUUUAAAAUAUGUAAAGACUCAAGUAAAAGAUGCUUUUCACGCACCUUUGGCUACUUUAAUAAAAGGAGCGGUUGUCAUAACGGAAGACUUGUUUGUGGAGGUGCUGCCUGUCGCGUGGGAACUCUUAUUAGAAUCCAAUCAAGAAGUUGCCGCGUCCGCCGCGGCACUUUUCAUAAUAUCAGCCGUACGUGCACCGAAUCAGGCCAGCGAGCUGAUGCACAAAGGUCUUCAGCAUAGUAACAGCAGUGUACGCAUCAACGCUAUUUUACGGUUUCAAGUUCUAUGGAAAUUGCGAUACCAGGUGUGGCCGCGCAUGGAAGAGGCGGCUCAUCUAACUUUCAAAGUGCCUCCGCCGGGAAUAGAAUUUACUCUGCCGUCGCCGAAGAUUGGAAUAGAAUCCUUACCGGUGGUCGAUCCGCCUUGGAUGCCACAAGUGAAGACCAAGGUCGAGGAAGUCACUAUCAAUCAGGAACGUCAUAGAUCUUUGGUGACGGCGACGAAGACGAGAAAGAAGCAGCAGACCGAGUUGAUAAAAAAAGCUCUUCAGGCGCAGGAUGAUAAAAAGCGGGAAGAAAGAGAGAAUUUUCUGAUUACGACGAUACCGAUUACUGUUCAGGCUGCUUAUGAACCCAGCCCAGUAGGAGAUGAUCAUGACGAAGGUAACGUGGGAGAUGAGGAUGCAGGUGAGACAGUCCCGAGAAAUACAUCGCAUCACAGCCAGUCGGCUCUCUCAUUGUUUCCCUCGUCGUUAUGUUCAGCGAUCGUGCAAAUUAUCAAUCUUCUGGAUGAUCCGGCAGUAUCUGAAGAUGGAAAUGCCGUAUAUGAAGUGGCAUAUCAAGUGAUCUGGAGUUGCUUGGUAGAAGAUAGCGCUUUGUUUCUUCGAUAUGUGCUGGAACGUCUGACGAGGGAUAAACAAGAGUUGAUGUUCAAGAUUUUAAGACAUCUUAUUAGAUUUGUACCAAAGUUACCGCAGCAAGCGGCGUUUGCACUGUACAAUUAUAUCAUUGGAUACGUCAUGUUUUACGUACGUUCUCCGCACGAGGAGGGCCAAAAGUUGAUUGGAACUGCGCUGUCUAUCUUGUGGAUGGUUGUACACAGUGUACACGGCAUCAUGUUUAAAGACCUAAAGCAGAUUCUGCGAAAGGAACAAUGCGAUGCGUCAAUUCUGCUUACGGCGAACGUUCCAUCAGCGAAAAAGAUCAUCGUUCAUGGUCCGCAGGAUCCCGAUGCCGGAGAAAUACCCUCGCAAUUUCCGGUCCAAGAGGACACGCAAUUUUGUCAAAUACUUCGAGAGUCUUUGGACUUUUUCGGUAUCGAAGAAUCGAAACAUCACGAGUACUUUCUCGUGGAUUACAAGACGCAUCAAAUACAUAAUCCGUCAUCAUAUGUUAGAGAUUAUUACUUUUUUAAGAGAUCUCAAUUCCCGCAAAUUGAACUCGUUCACAUGAAACCGGAGGACGCAUUUAAUGCGUUACAACGGCAAGAAUUAAUGCACAAGUUCGUAGAGAUAGGAAAAGUGCUGUUGACCUGGGCAAUCUUGAAGAAUGUCGAUAUGGUGGUGCAGAGAGUCGUGUUUCUUCACGAGGAACUUAUGAAGCUACCGUCAUUUCCGCGAAAAGCGCUGGAAGCGGAUUUGGACCUGUACAAAGGUGGCGAAAUCGGAAAAGAACUUCUCGGACUGGACGUGAUGCAUAAGUUUAUGUGGGUGAGAUUGAUCGCGCGCAUGUUCGAGGCAAUGGCCGGCAAUUUCGCGUAUUCUGGCGAUAUCCAUCUCUUUCUGAAUGUUUUAAAUGGUGCCGUGAUUCUUCACAGCGAGGAUUCAUGCAUUCUGCGUUACGUUGUGGCGACUUAUAUAAACGCAGCGCAUAAUUUCAAGAAUAUCUUCUCGACCAACGGUUAUCUGCUAAUCAUGCCGACUUUAUUGCAAUUAUACUCGACGCAUCAAACAAACAAACUCGUAACCACUACUGUCGAAUAUGCGGUCAAACAAUUUUAUCUCAUGAAUCGUAAACCCUUUAUUCUUCAAAUGUUUGGCAGCGUAUCUACUAUAUUAGACACAAAUGAGACGAGCGUCCACGGCGAGGCUCAUAAGGUUCCUUCCACGUGCUUAUUUAAUUUGUUAUUGAGUUUGGAAACUCCGUCGCCGGAUCCACUCAAUAUAGGAGAAUUGGUGAAGGAAGAGAAACCUUUAAAAGCGAUAGAUUUCUGUUAUCACGAUGAAAACGAAAUGGUCAAUGUGCUCGAUUGUAUAUCUCUUUGCGUGAUGGUGAUAGCUUACGCACCUGAUUCUCUCAGAGGCCAGCAGAUGUUGAUAAUAUUAGAAGCGAUAUUGCCGUGCUACGUUCAGCAGAUUCAAUUAUCCACGUACAAUAAAGAAGGCAAGACGGAGAAGGAGAUAAUAAAUCAAUUAGCCAUUGCAGUGAAGACAUUAGUUAACAAUUCCGAAGCAUUGACAAAGUAUUACAAUGGUCCGCAGAAAUGUAGCCCCGAGCAUAAAGGUUCCAGUCAGAAAAAUUAUGGUAAGGGCCCAUAUUCACCAGGCUUUGAUUUCGAAGAUGACACUCACACGACAAAGUACAUAGAGCACUCGAAAGUUCGACGGUUUUACGAUCGAGACAAUGAGGACGCUGAGAAUUUUCACAAAAACGAAUUUAGGAGACCCCGCAAUACUUUAUUAAACAUGGUUGGGGAUUUCGUGGCUCGUUGUUCCAUUCGUUUGGUAGAACUCAACAAGAAGUCUCAGGAUGGAAAGAAUAUCGAGUUAUUGGAUUCAAAAUGCCAUGUGCGACUGGCCGAUAUCGCUCACAGCCUCUUGAAGAUCUCUCCAUAUGAUCCCACCACUAUGGCUUGCCGUGGUCUCCGUAGAUAUAUGAACGAUAUUCUUCCUUCGACCGAAUGGGCGGCUGACGAUAUGAGACCGGCGUUAACGCUCAUUCUUAGGAGAUUGGAUAAGGUUUUUAGUAAAAUACACAAAAAAGCAUCGGUCAGGAGGAAUACCAAUUGGGUUGCCGCCAGUAAUCUUUUGAAAGGAGUUUACGAGACUCUGUCGAAAUGUCCGUACAUCGCACAUUUCCAAUAUCUGAAGACACUGUUGAAUACUUGUCAGGCUCUGAUUGUCGGAGAUACUCCACCUGAAGACGUAACUUCGGCUUCCACAGCUGCUGUAAUGAGCAAGAUACCACCUCCGCACUUCUGUUCGACGGUCUUACGUCUGAUUGCAUUGCACGUGAUAUCAUUCGGCGAGGGAUAUUCAUUGGAAAAUGUUCUCGGUGGUCAGAGCAUGUUUGCCAACCAGACACGUACCGAGAACACAUUAUUGAACUUACUGAUACCAUUAUUUUUGCGCAUUGGGACUGGAAGAAAAGAUGUACCGAAACUGAAGCAAUCGGACAUCAGUUUUGCUCUAACAGCUGUAUUGAACACUCUUUGGCCGCCGAGCAUAAAAGCAGUACCGUUGACGGUGCAAAAACCAUCGACGGAUAUAAGAACCGGCAGUCUAACAUUCGCCGCGAGAGAUCCGAAAACUUUAACAAAAACAUCGUUAACGUUAUACCAAGUCGCAUUUCUAGCGCUUAAAAUAAUGACGAUAUGUUUCGAAACUGAACUGAGAACGGAAUGGCCGAAAAUUUUACGCACAAUGCGUCUUUUGAACAAGCGUAACGAAGCUUCGAUAUAUCUUUGGAACUUCAUAGAAUUCGUGGUAACGCAUCGCACGGCCUUGUAUAUUCAGAUGCUUCCGUUUAUCGUUUAUAAGAUUGGACAGGCGCCGAUAUCCGAGCACGAGCGAAACAUGCAUACCAUCAUACGCGAGAAAAUCAACGGUAGCAUCAAAGUACCAAAAUCUCGGGGAGCGCUGCUCAUGGAUCUCAUUCACGAAUUGAAGAAGCUGAAAGAGGAAAUUGAAGAUCGAAGAUUCGAUGAAAUGCUACCAGAACCUAAGAGAAGCGUAGUGGACAUGCAUCCCGAAGGUCAACGUACUCAGAGGCCGUCUCUACUGAUGGAUCUUCUGACCGGCGAUCUAGGAUCUAGAGCUCACAUAAAUCGUGCACCCUCCGACACUAUGGUGUCUCAUUCCACAACAGGCCAAUUGCAGCCUCAUACGACUCAGUCCAACUUGGGUAGUAAAACAAUGCAGUCCGGUCAAGCAACAGCAGUGCCAAGCAGUACUCGCAUUGGCGGAUCUAUAUCGAGCGCAGGAUCGUCCACCUUACGAGAAGCGAGCGACGCGAUCAGCGGAGAUACCUGCGUCGAACAGCAGCCGCCGACGACAGAUAGAUUCCAACCAUCUUCUACUAGCGAUGAACGUAACCAUGUUAAGCUUCAUCCUAUCUUACCUCAUCAAAAGGCGCCAAAGCUGCGCUUUGUCUCUUCCGUAGAGUUUAGAAACUCAUCAGGAGAGACAGUGACGAGCCAACUAAGUCCGAGCAGUUUAAUCGAAGACGGUUCUGGAGAAUUCCGUACCGACAGGCCUCGCUUACAACGUUCUAUGGGACAAAGCAAGAAGACCUUCCGCUUGAGAAAAAGUCGAAAGAGUCACAUUGAGAUGACUCAGACGAAAUCCGAACAGCACGAUGCGACUCUUGUCGAGGAAAGCACGAGUCAGUCGAAAUCACCCGUGAAAACAUCAUUAGCGUCAGCAGUGGAUCCGCCGUUGUCUAACAUCCCAUCCGAUUCUUCAUCCAUUCGUUCUAGGCGAAGUCUAUCUGUUCGCAAAUCAGAUGACAAAUCAGGAGACAAAAGUAUCAACGUACCAACGGACCAGCAGCAGCAAUUUCACGCAGCGACUCAUCAACAUCAUCAUUGUCACUAUUAUCAUCAUCAUUUGCAUCCUCAAGUGUCGGAUGUUUCCUGGGACGAAGACACGUCUAGCACUUCCGGAUAUCGUGAGUCGUACAGCAUGCAACUCAUGUCGUUAGACGGUACUAAUCGAUCAGCUCAGGCGCCGCCUUUAGCAUCACCGGAUCUCAACGAUAUGCCAUCCACAAGUAGCACGACCACUAAUUAUAUAGCUUUCGACGGCAGCUCCCCGGAUUGUUCGAUCAACAACGGCAGUGGAGGCGAGAAAACCGCUCUCUUAACUUCGAGUCAGAUGACGACUUCCCAACAUUCCUUAUUGAUGGUCUUUCCAAAUCAAGACGAGGAUACGUUAAUAUAAGCCGUAAAAUAUACAUCUUUUGAUUGAGACUGAUAAUUUAACAGAAUCAACGAAGAUCAAGAUUUCUAUUUUGGUUUUAAGAAAUAGAGAUAAUUUGUAAAAUGAGAUGUUUAAAUGUCGAAAUUAAUAUGUGAAAUAUUAUACAUUCCAUUUAUCAUUUCCAUUCAUUUUUUACUUUUUAAUUCUUUUGUGACUAACGAGACUUAUAUGUCUUGUUGUUAUUUGGCAUAAAAAUGUUUUAAUGUAAAUUUUAAUGUAAAUUUUAAAUAUCAAUUAUUUUACUCUAUUGUAAAUUGUGAACAAUGUGAAGUAUAAUAUAUAUGUAAAUCCUCCAAAGAAUAUACCAAAUGAAAUUUUGUGAAGCAUCUAUAUGCACUAUUAAUUAUAAUUUUGUAUUAUAUAAGAAGUGGAGAGCUGAUAUAUAAUAAAUUUUGAAUUGAUAAUCUUUUAAUAAACUCUUUAAAGGAGGAGAUUAAAUAAAAGAUGAUUGAAAAAAUUUUGUUCAUAUGCAUUGUAUUUUGAUUUUCUUUUAAAUUUUAAACUGCAUCAUAGAUUAUUAAUUAUUUAUAUUUUACAAUUGUAUAUAUAGAUAUUUGAAAUAAAAACGGUCUCUCUUUAUAAACAAUCCAUCAUAAUCAUGUACGCGUACACAUAAUUUUAU